AUGCGGCGACGACUCGCGACGCUCGUCGCGAUCGCGGCGCGCAUCGCCGCCUGGGGCGAGGGCCCGGCGCCCAUCCAGCCACCACCCGCGGACGGCGUCCUCGCCUUCGAGGGCACCGCGGCCGAUGGUUUUGUGGAAGACUGCGGCACGGCGCGAGCCGGUCGCGUCGUCGCCGCCGUGCGCGUGGCGCUGCCCGAAGACGCGCCGGAGUGGCGUUCUCCGGAGCUCUGCGUCGCCGUGAGCCUGCGCGUAUCCUCCGAGGCGGCCUGGUGGUUCGUGGUUCCGCCGGAACCGGACGAGCCCGUCGUCGCGUGUGCCUCGACGGAGUCGCGCGACGGCGACAGCGUGCUCGUCCGCGCGUCGCUGGUCGUCGAGGAGAACGUGUUUGUUUUCGUGCACGCGUGGCUGCGGCAGGAUCCGGCGUCGACGACCAGACUAGCGACCGCGGCGACAGCGGCUUUCGCGACGACAGAAGACGCACCGGUAUUCGCGGCGGCGGAGACCCUCAGCAACGCCCGCCUCGCCGCGAUCGUCGCCGCCUGGGACGCCGCACGGAACGACGAGCGCGCCGAGCACGCGGCCUUCCGCGCGAGGGCCUCCGAAAGCCAAGCUUUCGCACUCGAGGAGAUGCUCGCGCCGGAACUGCGCGACGCGCUGCGCGCCGGCUCGCCCGCCGCGCUCGCGCCGCUGCUGGGCGGUCAGGGCCGCGUGCGGACGCUGCAGGUGUUGACGCGCCCCGCCGCCGAGGCCGUCGCGGCGGCCCUCGACUGCGCGCGCGGGACGACCGAAUCGCGGCCCACCAACAACAUGAGCUACGCCACGAGCGAUGUGGGUGUGGUUGUCCCUAGAACAGCUGACGGGCCCGCCUCGCUCCUCGUCGACGAGGCGGGCCUGGGCGGCUUAUUCGACGCUCUGGCGGAGACCGUGGUCGCGCCGCUGGCGCGGCUCCUGUUCCCGGCGUUCCCACCAAUGGACAGUAGGCACGCGUUCUCGGUGCACAAGCGGUCUCCCGACCCACACCCCACCACAAAUGCGACGGCGUCGCGCCACAACGACGUCUGCGAAAUUAGUUUGAACCUCUGCGUUCGCGCGUCGGACGACUUGGAAGGGAGCCGCGUCGCGUUUUUUGGAAUUGAAGACCGCUGGCUGGCGCACGAGCCCGGCGCCGCGUUCCUCAACGUGUGCCGCGACCAGCACGGCGUCGAGCCCGUGGUGCGGGGCAUGCGUGACACGGUCGUGCUCCGCCUCUUCGCGUCGGCUCAUAGAAGAGCGCCCGCCGAGAUGUACCGGGAGCGGUGCCUGCCGCCGUCUGUGUUUUAA